CGCCAUGGUGCGCUCGCUUAACUCCAUCGUGGCCGUGUGCCAGAACAUGGGCAUCGGGAAGGACGGCAGCCUGCCCUGGCCACCGCUGAGGAAUGAGUACAAGUACUUCCAGAGAAUGACUAGCACAUCCCAUGUGGAAGGUAAACAGAAUGCAUUGAUAAUGGGUAAAAAAACCUGGUUCUCCAUUCCUGAGAAGAAUCGUCCUUUAAAAGACAGAAUUAAUAUAGUGCUCAGCAGGGAGCUCAAGGAAACCCCAAAAGGAGCACAUUAUCUUUCCAAAAGUCUGGAUGAUGCUUUAGCUCUUUUGGAUUCACCAGAGUUAAAAAGUAAAGUAGACAUGGUUUGGAUCGUUGGAGGCACUUCAGUUUACAAGGCAGCGAUGGAGAAGCCAAUUAAUCAUCGAUUGUUUGUGACAAGAAUUUUGCAGGAAUUUGCAAGUGACACAUUUUUUCCAGAAAUCGACUACAAAGACUACAAACUUCUCACAGAGUAUCCAGGUGUCCCUGCUGAUAUCCAAGAAGAGAAUGGCAUCCAGUACAAAUUUGAAGUGUAUGAAAAAGCUGUCUUGGCACAAUAAAUGAGGCUUUCUGUACUUCUGUGUAAGGGCAGGCAUUUUAAAUCAUGAAGUCUUAUUGAGUGCAAAUAUAUAUUAAAUUAGUGAGAGAAAAUCCUGCUUGAUAGUACGAUACCUCAGUAGUGAAUGAUUCCAAAAAACACACCCCACACUCUGAAUAUACACCCUGCAGUGGAAGUAUAAGGGUGGUCAGCCGCGUGAAAGAGGUAGCUCUAAGCAAUACCGCAACUAGGGUUGCAUAAGACCUUGCAUUGAUCUUUACAAUCCAUGGCAGCAUCCCUCACAAUUCCAUGAGUAAUGAAAGGCACUAGACUGCAUCAGAACCUUUGUACCUAAACAAAGGUUUUGAGUAUCUCCUGAUUCAAAACAUCCAACACUGAGAAAAUGUCAAAACUCCUGAGUUUGACUGGGAUGGUAUAUACAUUUAUAACAAUCUUUAAAACGUACUGGUGCAGAGGAAAAGGUAAGCAAGCAUAACAAGAGAAAUGGAGUCUGGAAGUCUCAGGCAGCAGUUGACAGAUAGAUUGAUCCUUCAUGGAAGUUCUCUCUUGUCAUCUUAACCAUCCUGGGUACACAGCUUGCUUCAGGCCUUUUGGCUGAAAACACUGACUUACAAAUUAAUCCGAUAAAGAAGUUUUAAUGUUUCCAUUAACUUCACAGCUCUGUAAAGGCUUGCUGCUCUUACAAAAAGUUGCUAUGUCAGUUUGACCGUGGCCACGUUCAGUAUAAGAACAUAAACAUUGCUUUCUUAAGAGAAUCUGUGUUCUUACGUCCCUUCUACAUGUUAUCAGUGCAGAUGCAGAGUGUUAAUUUGUCGAUGUGAUUUUGAAUAUUGUCACAUACAAAUAUGGAUUAUAAGCAGAUAGUGGGGUCCUGUUCCCUCUUUCAUUAUAUACACAGCUAGUAUAAUAAUGUUUUGCAUUACUGUCCCCUAAAAGUAGUGAGCAAUAUACUAGUACUGUAGUAACACUGUGAUUCUAAUGGCUGUUGUGGUUUAACCCCAGCCAGCAACUCAGCACCACGCAGCCACUUCCCUCUCCCCACUCCCAGUGGGGUGGGGAGGAGGAAAAAAAAAAGUAAAACUCAUGGGUUGAGAUAAGAACAGUUUAAUAACUAAAGUAAAAUAAAAUACACUCCUAACUAAUAAUAAUAAUACUACUAUAAUAAUUGUAAUGAAAAGGAAUAUAACAAAAAAAAAAAGAAAGAACACCCCAGAAAAGACAAGUGAUGCACAAUGCAAUUGCUCACUCCCUGCUGACCGAUGCCCGAGCAGCGAUCCGCCGCUCCCAGCCAACUCCCCCCCGUUUAUAUACUGGGCAUGACGUUCCAUGGUAUGGAAUACUCCUGUGGCUAGUUCGGGUCAGCUGCCCCGGCCAUGCUCCCUCCCAGCUUCUUGCACACCUGCUUGCUGGCAGAGCACGCGAAACUGAAAAGUCCUUGGCUUAAGAUAAGCGCUACUUAGCAACAACUAAAACAUCGGAGCGUUAUCAACAUCAUUCUCACACUAAAUCCAAACCACAGCACUGUACCCGCUACUAAGAAGAAAAUUAACUCUGUCCCAGCUGAAACCAGGACAAUGGCAUACAAUGCCAAGUGUUGACCAAAGUUUAUUAUUGCCAAUAUUACCACAACAUGAUCAGUAAUAUUAGUCUGUUGCUAUGUUCUGACUGUGGGGAGUUUGUCAGAUGGCAGAGGACUCCAUAUACGAAGUGUCACGGAGAGGAGCUAGGAUGUACCGUGCCCAUCUAUGCUUCUUUGUGCUGCAGCUGCCACCCUGAGAGUGAUAGCGUACAGGGAGGGAGCCUUGCCUCCCUUUCAUCACAGAUCAGUCUGAGAACAGAAGAGUGAAAAAAAAAGUUAAAAAAAAAAAAACAACCAACAAAACCCUCAAAACUCCGCUGACUCUUUCCCCAAAGCAUUUUAAAAGCAUUGUCUUAUGAAGCAGUAUUGUGGGAGAUUCAAGUAAUAAUGCUCGUCCUUUAAUGUCACACUGAGGCCCACUUCUAACGUCAGGGAGGGUGGCACUGGCCAUUGGCAGGUUUUACACGGGUUAUAACUACAGAGGAGCGUAACAGCGCCCAGUUUUCUAAGAAGAUUAAACCUUGAUUUUGUUUGCUUUUGAAAAACCAAAUCUCUUUGAUAAGAGAAAAACACUUAGAAUGUCGUCUAUGAACACCUCUUGAAUUUUCCAUGGCAAUUUACAACAUUUCGCUGAUAAAAAAGAUAAGUUUUGCAGCAGCUGUUCUGGGCUGUCUCAGUUUUCUCUGUGUUCCUUUUGUAUUCUUCAAAAUGUAAGUACUUUCCUGUGUUGAUCUUCUUGCCCCUUGUGUGCUGACUUUACAUCAGUCGAUAAAGAUUAAAACAACAAAGUUAUAUGC